AGGUUUUUCUGGAUUGGCCGUAGCAGGUUAUGCUGUAAAUGUGAUUGAUUUAGCUCCUAAUUUCUCAGGUUUGGUUAUGGGAUUUGCUAAUAGUGUUAGUACAUUUACAGGUAUUUUAUCUACAUUUAUUGCAUCAGUUGUUGUACAUAAAUUUGGUUUAGAAUUAAAAAAUGGUUGGAGAGUUGCAUUAUGUUUAGCAGCAUUUAGUCAGUUUGUUGCAAUGAUCACAUAUUUAUUAUUUAGUUCAAGUGAACAACAAUCUUGGGCUUAUUCAUCAACACACAAUGAAGAGGAGGACAAUGACAAUGUGGAAGGAGAAGAAAAUAUCAAUGUGCAUAAUACUGACAGUCGUGUUAGUAAGAAUAGACAUUAUCAAGGUGGAACAACAAAUCAAUCAUCCAUGAUUUGACACCAGUUUGUUUUUUUUUCUUAUUGUGAUUUCUAUGAUUAGAUUGAUGAUAUUUCUUGCUUUUGUUUUUUCAUGUGGUUAAUUAUUUUUUUGUAAAAUAAUGUUCCCCCAAAGAUUUUGCAUGUCAUUUUCAGUAAGAAUGAACUUUGUCUUUUUUUGUACAUAAAUUUGUUUAGAUUUUAAUUAGAUCUUAUUGAAAAAAAGAAGACGACGAGAAAAGGAAAGAGGAGAACAGGAAUGUUGGUUUUUUGUAAUUGAACAAUCAAAAGCG